AUGGAGGCGGCGGCGGCGAAACCAGUUUUCCAGGUGGCAGCCGUAUGCGGCUCCCUCCGCAAGGCUUCCUUCCACCGCGGCCUCAUUCGCUAUGGUGCCUCCUCUUGUUUUUUUUUUUUUUUUUUUUUUACUGUUCUCCUUUCGGGUCCUACUUUUUCUCACUUGCCUGACGAAUUUGCUCUGCGGCUGCUUUGGUUCUCUCCGAUCGCAGCCAUCCAACUCUGCGAAGGUGGAUCCGUCGAUGGCUUGCGAGUAGAGUUCGUUCCCAUCGAGCCCCUCCCCCUCCUCAACACAGACCUCGAGGUCGGUGGCAAGUACCCGCCGCCUGUUGAGACCUUUCGCCGGAAGGUCCUUGAAUCCGAUGCCGUCCUCUUCGCGUGCCCCGAGUACAACUAUUCAUUCUCUGGUACCACCCGCGUUCCACCAACUGUUCCUUCUCUUCGUUUCUUUCCGGAUUUAAUCGAUUCUUUUCCCUUGCCUUUAAUCGUCAUCCGUUCGCUAAUUCGGUUCUUUCUCUGUUUCUAUCCGUUUUAGGCCUUGACGGGUGAGUAGAUCUCUUGAGUCAUUGUUUCGGUAUUUCUUCUUUAAUCAAAAACUUCAGGCCUCUGACUUUUUGCUUCGAAGGAUUGAUAGGUCUUCCGCCGAAGACUGCUUUAGUUUCGAUCGCUAGUUCCUGUUCUGUAUUCAUAGGAAGGUGAUAUUGAUUAUUUUUACAAUAUAGAAAAAGGAAAACAAAAUUAAGGCUGACUAAUGGCCAAUCCCUGUUAAAUAAUUAGCAAGGGCUGAUUCUGCUAAGAUCAUUGUCAUUGAAGAAAAGAAAAGUGGAGCAAUUAAAUCGCAAAUAUCGAAGGGCGUUGGUUUCUUGAGUUGAUCCUCUUAAUAACUGCUAAGUUUUUUGAAUUAUUUCCCUAGUAUGAGCUAUACGAAUAACAUAUGAAAAACCAUAAUCUAUAUUAACUUGUACAGGAAUUCUGGAAACUUGGGUUGAUUUUGGUUUCGUAUCUCACAACUUUAUUUACUAGUAUAAUAUUUUGGAAAUUGCUUCCUAAAAAUUUCAUCUAUGAUCAUUUUCAGCGUCUUCUAAGGCACUGUUCGAUUUUUUUAGUUAUUUUUUCAUCAAUUUUUUAAAAUAAAGUCUCACCUGAUACAAUCCAAAAACUUAAGGAUCAUGGAGCUUUUAUAUCCACCCUGAAUAUCCUAAAAAUGAAUGUCUUCAUCCUAACUUGAUAAAAGCCCAUCAAUGAAAGUAAGUGGUAUACUAGGCCUUCAUAUUUUUUAUGACACUUUUGACUGUUUAUGACUUUUUGAUUCCUGCCUUCAUGAAUUUCUAGAACAGGAAAUUCAUCUGGCAGCCAGUUAAAGUGGAAAUUUGUUCUAACGCAGUAAUAGUCAUUCUGUGGACGAGAAAAAUGUAGCAACUUCUUCAUAGAUGGCUGGGUAUAUGCGAGCAAUUAGGCCGAAAGCACAUUGUUGAAAGAGUCUCAAUCUAGCACAUCUGGGCCCAGGAGCCCUCGCUCCUACUCUAUUGAAUCUUGUCACAUGCAUCUUCAACAAUCAAAUGAUUUCAAUCUCACUGGGCUGCCCCAGCUGCUUCCUUUCUGUCUCUUGAAACUCCCUCACUACCCCCAUUAGAAUUCGGAAGGCUUGAAAAUAGCUAGUCAGGUGCAUUAGACUGAGGCUGAUGCAAGACAAGUCAGUCUAGCAUCCUUAUCCAGUUAGUGUGAGGUUAUUGACUCGGUUAAUCCUGUGCAGUGUCGUAGUUUUUGACUUUAUUAACCCGAAUAUGUCUGAAGGUAAACUGCUUUGUUGACGCUUUUUGACGGACAAAUAUGUUUUCGAGAGAGAUAUUAUUCCAGGCUCGUACUUCUGACUUUGAGCUCUUACAACCUGUCCGGGCUAGACUCCAUCCGGGAGUAGUGGAGAAAUUCUCUCCGGUCAACAGAAUUUUAGUUGAUGGUAUGAAGAUUAGGGUGUGGCUAGAGUCAAAUCAGUGAAGAAAAUUAGAAGAAUUGCUUAUAUACAGUUCUUCAAUACAAUUCACAUUUUACAUGUAUAUUAUGCAUAGAAAUUACCUCUAAAUGUUUAUUCUUAAAUAGUUUCUGAAAGGUUGCAUUUUCUUGUGGAUUUGUUGAUCUGGGAAAUCUGCUAUCUGCAGCUUUCUCAAGAUAUGAGUGAAUUCAUGGCAUACUGGCAGCAUGUACAUCACAUAAUCUCUUCAAAAUUCCUCCUAUCGAAUUACCCUUAAAACCACCCAUGGCUUGAUGGAGAUGAUUCUAUGACUUUGUUCUAGAUCCCUUUUCACCAUUUAGGACAAUCUCUCCUACCCUCCAGGAAACUGCACUCCAGUACCUAGCAGGCAACAAGUUGCAUCAACAUUAGAUGGCUUAACCCUGCUUGAUUUAUUUCAGUUUACUGGGUCCUAUAGGGGAUUUUGUUCCUAGUAUAAUUUCCAUGGUGAAAACCAAGCAAAAGUAUUGUGGUGAUCUCCAGCUCCUCUGAAGAACGCCAUCGAUUGGGCAUCUCGACCGCCAAAUGUGUGGGCAGACAAGCCGGCGGCAAUUGUGAGCACCGGAGGCGGCUUUGGUGGCGGGCGUGCGCAGUACCAUCUGCGCCAACUGGGAGUCUUCCUAGAUCUUCAUUUCAUCAACAAGCCAGAAUUUUUUCUGAAUGCAUUCCAGCCUCCGGCGAAGUUUGAUGAAGAGGGCAACUUGAUCGACAAGGAGGCUAAGGAGAAGUUGAAGCAGGUCCUGCUGUCGUUGCAGGCCUUCACUCUGAGACUCAAAGCAAAACCCUGA